AUGGCUGAUCCAUUCGCGCCGCGCUCGAUGAAGCGCAAGAAUGUCAAAGGUCUCGCCCUGACACCUGCGGCCCCCCGCCCCCCACCAACUGCGGAGAGCUGGGUCGGCGCUGACGGCGGCAAGGAUGACAGUAAGGAUGAGCAGCUGGAAAUCGGCAUCGAGUACAAGCUGGAUCUCGGGCCGGAAGAUCUCCAGAUUUUGAAGGAGCUCGGCUCUGGAAAUGGAGGUACAGUUAGCAAAGUCAAGCAUCUCAGCACCGGUACCAUCAUGGCCCGCAAGAUCAUCCACGUCGAAGCCAAAAAGGAAAUGCGAAAGCGCAUCGUUCGGGAGCUUCAGAUUAUGCACGGAUGCCACUCCGACUACAUUGUCAACUUUUACGGUGCUUUUCUCAACGGCAAUAACGACGUGAUUAUGUGCAUGGAGUAUAUGGAUGUCGGAUCACUGGACCGCGUUUCGAGAGUCUUUGGUCCUGUACGAGUCGACGUCCUCGGGAAAAUCGCCGAAGCCACACUUGGGGGCUUGACGUAUCUUUACUCGAAACACCACAUCAUGCAUCGAGACAUCAAACCUUCGAAUAUCCUCGUCAACUCCCGAGGAUCCAUCAAGCUCUGCGAUUUUGGCGUGUCUGGCGAGCUGAUCAACUCGAUUGCAGACACGUUUGUUGGCACUUCCACAUACAUGGCCCCCGAGCGCAUUCAGGGCGAGAAAUACACUGUCAAAUCCGAUGUGUGGAGUUUUGGCUUGACAAUCAUGGAGCUAGCCAUUGGCAAGUUCCCGUUCAGCUCCAGCGAACAGUUCUCUGACGAAGACUGUGCUCCAGCGGGCAUUCUGGACCUCCUGCAACAAAUUGUGCACGAGCCUGCUCCAAGACUCCCCAAGAGCGACGCCUUCCCCAGCAUUUUGGAAGACAUGAUUCAAAAGUGCUUGUACAAGCAACCAGACCAACGCCCUACACCACAAGAGCUCUUUGACCGCGAGCCGUUUGUUCAAGCCGCCAAACGAACCCCAGUUGAUUUGAGAGAGUGGGCUGUAGGUUUGAUGGAAAAGGACAAUCGCAAGUCACACCUCGCUUCUCAGCUGUCUCCGGCGACGCAGGACCUUCUUCGAUUAAGCGAUGCGCCAACGUGCUCGGCUCAGUCUGUUGAAGAUCGCACUGUUCACACGCCGACAUCUGGUGAGAUUAUCAUCGCCGGUGCUGGCAUUACCUCACCCCGCGAUCAUCACAAUCGGUCUCCAAGCCGGAACGGGAACGGUAUCGGACGCCCCGCUGUGGCAAUUCAUCAUCCUGGAAUGGGCUCUAGAAUGGCGACAACAAACUCGAUACCGCAAGCUUCAUACUACACCGAAUCGUCGGGACAAGGACCGGCCAGCGCGAGUGCCGUAACCUUUAGCCUUCCGGUUCGACUUGGUCCUCAGGGGAACAACUCAUUGCCACCACCGCUAGCACGGCGACAGACGCCAGACGACUUUCGCAGGGAAAACCGCCGGCAAGCCAACUUUGGUCUGCCUGCCAACCCGAGCCCCAGUUAUGGGUUAUAG